AAUACUUUCCCGAUGCACUCAUAUGUAUGUACUGUCGCGACGGGCAGAGAUCCGGCGCACACAAGAGGGAAAACGCUCCUUCUCCGACUGCCGCACCGGCACGACGUGGGCAGCUUCCUGCCGAACAUUCCGCCAGCUGGAAGGACCGCCGCGGCAGGGCGGGACUGACGCGACUCCGGCCAGCGAUUGGCGGAUCCAACGGGGAAGUCCCACCACUCAGGCGACGACGGAGGAGGAUAAAAGGGCGCGCUUCCAGCCGGGAAGGGGAAGAGAAUAUCGUGGCGUCAAAACGGACUCCGAGGCGUAAGCGCGGACGAGACCGCCGGAUAGUGAGAGUCGCACACACGGAGGACGCCGGCCCGGGAAAACCCCCGCCCCGGGAAAACCCCCGCCCCGCCUCGGGAAUUCCGCCUCCGCCACGAGUCGACUCCGCCGGCCGUCACGCCUUCACAAACCCCGCACUCUUCCAUUUAUAACACGUUCACCUCACCCUAGCCACAAUAAAGCACCGUCUGCCACCAUCCUUUGGUCUCCUGUGGGUCUGUGCGCCGCCCUUCCCCGGGCUAAUUCCUCACAACUGGUGGAGGAUGCAGGCGUAGUACAGACCCGCCUACUGCAAAAAAAAACAAAAACAAAAAACAAACAAAAAAAAACAAAACAAAAAAAAAACACAAAAAAAAAAAAAAAAAAAAAAAAAAAAUUCAUAAAUAAACCCGCGAGAGAGAGAGGAAAAAAAAAAAAAAAAAAAAAAGGGGGGCCCCACAAAAUGGACCCCACCCUGCAACACCUGCUGGAGACCAGCCUCCAGCAGCACGCCGUGACACAGCAGCUCGCCGAAAGCCUUCAGGUCGCCACACAGACACUGAUCGCCAUGAGGACUGAGACCCCCGCCGCCUCCACGGCUCUCCCCGACGCAACCAGCGAGAUCCGCCGCCUACUACCCCCCCUUGGCCCCGAAGAGGACCUUGAGGCGUACUUCGAGACCUUCGAGAGUAUCGCCCGCCGGGAGGGGUGGGACCAUGACGACUGGCCCCGUGCCCUUGGUCCCCUGCUCACGGGAGAGGCCCGAACAGCCUACUAUGCCCUCGACCCGGAGGAGGCUACGGACUACCUGGCGAUGAAGGAGGGAGUCCUGGCGUGGUGUGGCCGAACCCCUGGCCGGGCCGCUACUGAAUUCCACCGUUGGGUUUAUCGAUCAGGUGCUCGACCACGUUGCCAGAUGAACGCCCUCCUCCGGAUCACCAAACGAUGGCUCCGACCGGAUCGGCAUACCGCCUCGGAGGUGGCGGAGAAGGUGGCGGUCGACCGUUUCCUGAGAGCGCUACCCCGGGCAGAGAGACAGGCCGUGGGGGCCCACGCCCCAACUACGCCCCAGGAACUCCUGACUGCCCUGGAGCAAACCUUGGCCACCCUGGAGCUCGACUCCGGGGAGCAGCAGCACCUCGAUCGGCCCCUCGGUGCCCAGGGCCCCCGGUCUGACCGCCAGACCUGGCCCCGCAUCUGGAGGAACCCACAGAGGGCGCCCACUUGUGAACACCCCCGAGACGAGCCCAUGCCUACAGAGCCGGAGAGGGAAGCUGCCCGGCUGCUUACAAAACCCUGGCUGGCAGGCUGCGCCCUCCAUCAGCAGCAACCGCCGGAGGCGCCCUCCGUGACGGUGUGGGUCGAAGGGAGACCCAACCCUCCAUCCUGCCUGAGGGGCGCCGACCAAGCGGGACGCUUACCGUGACAUGCGUCCAUGGGGACACCCGGGAGGUCCCCUCAGCUGAGGUCCAGAUCCGGAGCGAAGCCAGCACCUGGCCCCUCCAGGUCGGAAUCAUCCCCGAACUCCCCGUGCCCCUCCUCCUGGGACGAGACUGGCCAGGAUUCCGGGUGGUACCGAGAGCCGAG